AUGUCGGCUGUUCUACCGUAUCUUCGCGCGCUCAAAAAGAGCGACCUUGUCGAUUUGGCCGAAGAAGCAGACCUGAACGAUUUCGCCGACCUCAAGAAGAACGAGCUCGCCGUCGCGCUCGACACCCAUCUCACCGAGAACCGAUCCAGCCUGUCUCACCAGCCAAAGCUGAGCGAAUACUACAGACGACUGGCGCAGCCGCCGCGUGGAUCGCCUAUCAAGAGGGAACCAAAAGCAGAGGUCUCCUCGCUCGACGGCUCGGUGAAGCGGUCAACACGUACACGGCGAUCUAUCAAGCCCAAGGAAGAAGUCGAAGCAACAGACUAUUCCGAUGAGGCUUCGGACAAAUCCUCCCCACCGCCUGAUGCAGCUCCAGCUGUGAUUCAGACCCCGGCGCGUCCAGCACUCAAGUUCCCUUCGCUACCACCAUCUCCAGCCGUGGUUACGGACGCAAUUGAUAGACAGACCACUAGAGUCCGCAAAUCCGUAUCAGAAGCAUGGGACCAGUCUGGUAUGACCGAGCGUACCUACACGCUUCGUUCAUGGCUAAGUAGCGUGAACGCCAUCCAAACUCUGAUCACCGCUUUCGAACUGUUCGGCGUAUUAAACGAGGUCAUGCCAUGGAAGUACCUAACCACCAUCCCUGCGACGGAGAGCUUGAACCUGCCUGAGAUUGCGAUCAAGAUCCCAGAUCUGUUUGUCCUUUUGACCGCGUCUUUCUGGUCUCCAUUUUUGCUCUGGGUCACCACCAGCAUCGCCUUGCCAUCGAUUGUCGCGUAUUUUGUCAACAUCAACCUGAAGAUGAGCCAGUCUGCCGGUCACUCCGCCAGUGCGCGUCGAACGGCUGCCUCCUCGGCGCAGGAUAAGUGCAAGGCCUGCGGCGACCCGUUGGUAUUCAACGUAUCGAAGGCGUUGGUGGCCGCUCUUGUCUAUGGCCAGGGUUUCAACUUCUGGGACCUGUUCAGUGCCAUGUCUCUCCAGAGAGUAUCUGGUGCAGUUCCAGGAGGCGUAACCGGCCUGCUGACGGGCUCAGCUCUUUGCACGCUAGGAAGCCUCUAUGAGGCUAUCUUGAGGAAGUAA